AUGGCAACUCGCAAAAUCCUCGUAAGUAGUGCGACAGGCAAGCAAGAGAGCGCGGUUAUCAAAAGCCUACUUGCGAAUCCACCUUCCUUCGACUUCGACGUGCUCACCCUUACACUCAAGGCCGCCUCAUCAGUUGCCAAAUCCCUUGCCACCAACUCGAAAGUCAGCCUGAUCGAGGCGAUCUUGGUGAUUGUGCGAACAUGA